AUAAAUAUUAAUGACAUUAAACCCGCUUGAGCGUGAAGCCGCUGAACAAGAACACUCCACAAGAAAAUUCCAGUUCAUUUUGGAGGUUCGAAUUUUCUUGCUGUCGUUCGGUUGGUUUUCUUGAGGAAAGAGGACUUAAAUUUUAUUGCUGUUCAAGAAAAAUAUGGCUAAUAGUGAGAACAGGGGCUACGGUUGUUGGCCGGGAUUUUUCAUGACAUUUGAAGGCUUUCUCAAGAUCCUUGAGUUCAUUCUCGGUCUCAUUGCUUUUGCACUGGUGCUUGGUCAUGAGAAAGCAGAGCUGUUCUCCCACUAUGGAUUCUUCAUUGUUGUCAGUGCAUUGUGUUGGAUUUGUGCUUUGAUUCUUCUGUUAUUCCAUUUGUUUGGCUGUUGUUAUGUCUGUUGCCUUGGUAAAUGGCAGAAGGAGUACUCUUUGUGGAUUUUCCUUCUCAGCUAUGCUUUGUCAUUUUUCUUCUUCUUCCUGUUUGCAUCUUGUCUCCUGGCACAAUGGACUUAUGGGAUUGCUCAGUUCAUCAUUGCUACA